GGAAAAUUAGAGACUCAUCAAAAUGUGUGCAGUAAAUGCUUCUUGGUUGGUGCUAAGCUGCCCCAGUGUUCUUGGGUCUGUAGCUUUUAGCGUUAGGAUUAGUACAACCUUAGAAAUUUGUUUCACCAAACAGUUGGAGAGUAAUGUUUCACCAAUAGCUACAUAGCUUUAGAUCUGAGCAAGUCGCCUGCUUUUGGUAUUUUGUGGGUAUGGUUUCUACCACUCAGCAGUAAGCUAAAAACUGUGUGCCAUGUCUUAGGCCCAGACACCUAAAUGAGUUAAAAGAGGCAAAGGCUUUUUAGUUAACGAUUCUUUGUUUGCAAGUGGGUGAACCAAUUGUGGCUACUUUAAGGAAGAAAGGGAUUUAUUUGAAAGGAUAUAGGGUAGAUGAACACCUAGGCCUCUGAAAGGAUCCAAACAAGGGCAGCUCAAAGGAUCCAGAGACAGGGGUCCUUUCAGAAUCUGUCCUGGGAUGGAUCGCCUCAACCAUGGACUCCGUUUGCUUUGCUGCUCUGAGAGAGAGUUGGAUUGGCCCAGCCCUUUUUGGUUCCAUGACCACCCCAGGACAGAGGGUGAAGAGCAUCAAAGGAUGUUCCCCUUGAGACUUAAUGCAGAGGUAGACAUUGGGUCCCCAAAGAAAGUAGCUAUUGUCACAAAAGAAGAGGGAGGAGAUGGUGUGGAAAAAACAACAGCUAUCUUCACUUGCAGAUGGGAGGGUUCCAGCUUGGCUGGUGAAAGGGCUUCCUUCUCCCGAGGGCUUCCUUCCCCCGAGAUCUGCCGGGGUUCCUUGGAUCUCAUCCAAAGUAUUGAAGAUGACCCCCUUCUGGACACCCAGCAUCUCCCACAUCACUCAUUACACGCUCAUUUUAGGCCCAGAUUCCAGGCUCUUCCUACAGUCAUCAUUGCAAAUCUUCUCUUGUUGAUACAUAUUGUGUUUGUUAUUUUAGCAUUUUUAACAGGUGUGCUUUGUUCUUACCCCAAUCCAAUUGAGGACAAGUGCCCAGGAAACUAUACCAACCCAUUGAAAGUUCAGACAGUCAUAAUCCUCGGAAAAGUUAUUUUGUGGAUUCUGCAUUUCCUCCUUGAACGAUACAUCCAGUAUCACCACAGCAAAGUAAGAAACCGAGGCUAUAACAAGAUCUACCGGUCAACAAGGCAUCUUAAAAGCCUUGCGCUGAUGAUACACUCCACUGGUUCUUGCCUGAGAUUCCACCAAUAAAGGACAGAUUAACAGGAGAAAAACGAAUAGAAGUUUAAUAACAUUAUACCUCCUGUAUACAUGGGAGAGACCCAGGAAAGCAGAGUAACUCCACAAUGGCCUAAGCCACCCUCUCAAAUAAUAUCUCCAGCUAAAGACCAAAGAAGAUGGGGAGGGUUGUGGGAGGGGCGAUGGUUCUGGGAGGUGACCAGGAAAAGCACAGUAAACAAGGGUAAGUUUGUUAUGCUUGCCUUCUGCAUUGAUUAGAGUUGCUAGAGAUUUAGAGUCAUCCUGGUACAGAGAGGGAUAUAACCUUACAAAUGGAGAUUUCCCUUAUAAUUGUAAAUGUCUCUUAUAAAAGGUAAUUCCUACUUGGUUUUCAGAGCUUCAUCUGUGUCUGCCGUUUCUUAAAAAUAAUCAGCUUAAAAUAAUCCUUAAGACAAAGGAGGCAUAUUUUGGGGUAGCAUUUUCUGUCCCCUUCAUUAUGAGCAAGUUACCCCUGUGUGAAAUGUGGACUUUUUCCGCCUUUUGAUACUAGCAGACUUACUCAUCGCAAGGAGAUAUACAGCUGACGCUAGUUGAUACUUGUAGGAUGAGGGGAUUGUUUUAUUUUAAAUGAAGCUCAGUGCUUUUCCCACAGUAAGAGAAAGACUGUUAUAUAAUAAGAUGUAUUACUAAAGCAGAAAACCUGGAAAACAAUUUAUGAAGGCAAGGUCAGAAAGUCCAUCCAGGAUGCAGACAAUUUAAAGGCUUAAUGGAAUUAAAUUGAACUUCUUUAGGUAUUUUUGCCUAAUGUCAAGGUUUCUACCUUUUCUAAAAAGCCCUCUUUUUCAAUUUGAGUCCAGAAUAAAUGUUUGAACAUUUUGAAACCAAAUUAGAAAUUAAUUUUUCCCCAGAAAAACAGCUCUACAGAAUUUAAUGUUUUUCCUGUGUUCUGGUAGUGCAUUUUCUUAAAGGGCAGGCUCUGAGUUCAUCUGCUCAGCGAGGCUGUCAAUGGGAGCGGGAGGGCCCAGCGGUUGCAGAGAAAGAAGCGUUGUAUUGGAGUGGCUGGUCUUGAAGCACCUCCAAGGGGCGGCCUUUACUGCCCCCUGAGGAAGAGUGCGGUUUCUACUUCUACUGCUGAUUGCAGUACUUGUUUUUGGCCAGGAGAUGUCCCUAUAAUCUUUGCGCCUCUGACAAAGAGAAAAGCAGAAACCUGUUUGUAUACUGACCAAAAUAAUGUUCAGUUUCUCCACUGAUGGUCUGGAAAUAGUAUUUUUGAGGCCCACCAAGAGAUUGUCUAAUCUUUGCCUUUCCUCUGACUUUCAAAUUAUUGCUACACAUGUGACCCUUAAUCACAGUCUUGUUUCUAAACAAUUGGACCCUCAGUUUAAUCCCUCAGGCGGCAUCACUUUUAAGUUACUCAUAUAAGGACCCAGAAAAUCCAGGAGAAUUGGGGCAGGUGUUUACUUUGUUUCUAUUUUCUUUAAAUAUUUUUUUUUCUUAUUUGAAGAAAAAGAAGGUAAAUCUAUGAGGGUAUAGAACUUCCAGCUAAUCCGAAGGGUGUAACCAUUCUUUUUUUUUUGCCUGUGAUAGUAUUACUGGGUAUUGUCUGGCUUCAUCCUGAUGCUUGUUGUUCUCUGCAGAGAGAAAAAUAAAUUGAUUUUACUUUAGUUUGUGGAGAUGGGAGAAGGGCUUUUCUUUCCUUCCAAAUAAGUUGAAAAUAUUUAUCUGAUUUAUCUGUUCUCCUUCCUUAGAUCGAAAUACAUCCUGAACUCUAUCAAAUGUUAUUAGCUGCAUAGCAAGUUGCAUAUUUGUUCUUUUCAUUGAAGCGAAAACUUGACCCUUGGAGACAUGGUGCUGGGCAGGGUGUUCUCAUGAUGUCCACAGUACUUAUCAUUCAGGGGAAUGUCUUACUUCUGCAGUCUCUGCUGCCAGCCUGCAAGUUCACCCUGUGACCUGCCACACUGCUGACACAGGCCUUGCUCAGGGCAUCAGAAAUCCUCUGGAAACUGUGUGUUCACUUUCCCUGCAGAGGUUUUUCCCUAGUUUUUUCCUCUCCCUAAAGCUGUAAAGUUAUAUUUGUCUUGUACACAAAACUAAUUCAUAAAUUGAGCUAUUGGUCAA